GGCGGGGUGGCGACGAUGCCGGGCGGUGCGGCCGAGACGGUGCGGAGGGUGCUGCGGGUCGGUUCGGCGGCCAGGUAUAAAGUGAUGAAGAACUGGGGUGUUAUCGGGGGGGUGGCAGCGGCGGUGGCAGCGGGGAUGUACGUGCUGUGGGGGCCGAUGACCGAGAGGAAGCGGCGGAGGAGAGGGCUUGUGCCUGGGCUUCUCAACCUGGGGAACACUUGUUUCAUGAACUCUCUGCUGCAAGGUUUAUCUUCCUGCCCCUCUUUCAUCAAGUGGCUGGAGGAAUUUACAGCCCAGUACAGGACAGAGCAGCCCCAGCCCUCUGAGCACCAGUACCUCUCAGUCACUUUGCUGCAUCUCCUCAGAGCUUUAUCCUGUCAAGAGGCUGCAGAGGAUGAUGAUGUCCUGGAUGCAAGCUGCCUGCUAGAAGUCCUACGGAUGUACAGGUGGCAGAUCUCCUCAUUUGAAGAGCAGGAUGCCCAUGAACUCUUCCAUGUCCUUACCUCCUCCUUAGAAGACGAGCGGGAUCGCCAGCCCCGGGUGACACAUUUGUUUGAUGUCCAUUCCCUGGAGCAGCCAGAAAUAAAGCAAAAGCAAAUAAUCUGCAGAACAAGAGGGUCUCUUCCCCCUGUGUCAAGUCACUGGAAAGCUCAGCACCCCUUUCAUGGCAGGCUGACCAGCAACAUGGUUUGCAAACACUGUGAACACCAGAGUCCUGUGAGGUAUGAUACCUUUGACAGUCUCUCCCUGAGCAUUCCAGCAGCUGUGUGGGGUCGUCCUAUGACACUGGAUCACUGCCUCCAUCAUUUCAUCUCCUCUGAAUCUGUGAAGGAUGUGGUGUGUGACAACUGCACUAAAAUCCAGGCAGAAGGGACUCUGAAUGGACAGAGCAUAGAAAACCAGAGAACAACAUUUGUUAAGCAAUUAAAGUUGGGAAAGCUCCCUCAGUGUUUGUGCAUCCAUCUGCAAAGGCUGAGCUGGUCAAACCAAGGCACUCCCCUGAAACGACAAGAACACGUCCAGUUCAAUGAGUUCCUCAUCAUGGACAUCUACAAAUAUCACAUCCCUGUCCAUAAAUCAAGCCAGAAGGAGCUGAAUCAGAAAACCUCUGAAGAGGCAACACCUGGAACAAAGGAUGGGAGAGCAGUAAAACCUUCAGAUGCAGAGCAGCUGUCUGGUCCCAAACCACUCUUUAGGAAUGGUGCCUGCUCCUCUUCAUUUUUAAUGCCCUCAGGAACUUUCCCACUUGCUCCAUUCCCUGAGUGCAGCUCCCCCGUGUACCUUUACCGCCUGAUGGCAGUGGUGGUCCAUCACGGUGACAUGCACUCGGGUCACUUCGUCACUUACCGCCGGUCCCCUGCCUCUCCCAAGAGCCCCCUCCCGGUGAGCAGCCAGUGGCUCUGGGUUUCGGAUGACACAGUCCGCAGAGCCAGCCUGCAGGAAGUCCUCUCCUCCAGCGCUUAUCUGCUGUUUUACGAACGCGUCCAGUCCCGGGUGCAGCACCAGAGCUCGGGGGGGAGGGCUGAGGAGUGAUGAAGAGAGGAGCAGGACUUUGCAGGGAAUCCCUGCUAUGAGAUGGACUCUCACCUCCUCUCUGUUAUGCAAAAUAACCCACCGCAGGCCCUUUAAUUUCCUCCCUCCCUCCCUGGCAAUGGCUGGCUCCUGCUGGGAGCUGGGUUUUCCUACCAAAAUUACAUGACCCAAAGUUGGUCUGCUAAGGCUGUGCAGCCCCAAGUCUUGUCUGUGUUAGAGAAGCAUUUCUCCUCUUGGGCAGCACUUCUGACAAGGUGACAGCUCUGAAACAGCCGUUCCAGACAGGGCCUCUUCCCCAGGCUGCACUCCAUCUGCUGGCACAGAGGUGCAUCUCCAAAGGGAGAUGCUGAAUCCCACACCUUUCACUGAAGAGGGGAGCCCCAGGAAGGGCUGGUGGGAAGCUGCUGUUAUCAAAGGCAAGGAUUGAAGAAACAAAGUGCCUUGAGCUUAUCUGAAGAGCAACACGACCAUUAUCUGAGUCUGCUGCAUGUCAGCUGUGUUCUCAGCAAUGCCUCCAGAUGAUGGGAUGAGCUGCUCAUGGAAUCAGCUUCCUCCUGCCAGCCCAGCUCAUCAGCACAGCCAGGCAGCUCUGCAGAACAUGCAUCAUCCAAAAAACUACUCCCCUCUUCACCUCAUCCUCCUAAUAUUUCAGCUCUUUACUUCUGAUUCAAAGUGCAGUCUCCUUUUUUUUUCUGGGAGAAGGGAUAAAUUCUUUUACCUAUGAAGAGCUGAGACCCUGAUUUAUUGCUCUGGAAUGAAAAGACAGGAGCAUUUGCUAGCAAUUGUAAUUUCCUUUGUCACUACUGACUGUUUCAUGUGGUUGCUUGUAGUAUUGACUACAGCUUUUAAUGCUGUGAUUUCAAGGCUACUGUUGUUGGGGUUCUGGAGCUGCCCCUCCAGUUUUUAAUGCUGAAAACUGCCAUUUCUCACUCAGAUCCUUGCCAUCUGCCUUGCAGUCAGGCUUUUGAGCUGGGACAGGUUGUGAUUGUGAGUCCAGCAACACAAACAUCUUUGUUAAGAUAGAGCAGACAGGGCUGAGAGUCUGUCACUCUGUCACUGCACUAUGGACACAGAAGUCAGGUGCACUUUGAGGCACUGGAUUGUUUGAUGUGUUAAAAAAAAAAUAAUCCCAAACAAAGGGAGGAAGAAGCAGCAAAAAUUAUCCCUUUUGACUGCUUUUAAGUUACCAAGAAUUCAUUAUCUAGGCUGGUUUUAGCUUUUUUCUACCCUUGUAAGCUUGAAGGAAAAUAAAGGCUAAUUCAUCAGCCAAGCUCUUGCAGAGUAGAACAGCAACUAAGCUUGCAAAUGUUAACAACUGUCUUAAUAAUAUUUUUUUAGGGCAACUUUGUACCUCAUAUAUUCAUAUUGCUGCACAGACCUCAUAGACAUUCAGAGCUUCUUAAUGGGAAGCUCAAAACCAGCCAAAACAGGAGUGGUAAUGGAUGUAUGUGAAAAACUCAUCAUUCCAGGGCAUGGAUCACAAUUCCUGCUCCAAUUAAUGCUCAUAAUACAUCAAAUAGUUUUUAUAAGCCCAGCAACACACUAGUUCCUGAGAAACCUCCCUAUUUGUGCUAGGUCUAGCAUGGUUUUAACCUUUCUGUUUUAUGGAGAAACAAGAAAAAAAAAAGAAACCUAGGAUGAUGCAAAAAGCCAAAAAUGCCCUGGCCAUUGAACUGGCAGAUUUGCAGCAGCUAAGAGGAGAAAACCCUCCCUUCUGGGCAGCAGGAGCUCUGUAAAGCAGUGCUGGGCAUCACCUAAGGAAAAGUACUGUGUAAAACAUCUCACUCCAGCAGGUCUGCCAUUUGUACAUCAAAACUUCAAAUCAUUUUCACUGCCAGCAGUGUGUAUUCUGCAAUAUUUAUUCUCAGUGGGGUCUGUUUAGAGGUUUUACCUCUGAAUUUUUGGGAAGUUCAUCUGAACAGGUCACUUUGUUUAGAAAGCAGUGAUGCUGGAGGUGGGUCAGAACAUAUGCACACGACAGACAAAGUCUUUAACUUAUCAGCUUCUAACAGAGACAUAAAGCUACCUACCCCAAGGUUCAACUGGUUUUCUUUUCCUUUGGCACAGAGCUGCUUCCCAGCAGGGGUGAGUCUGAUCAGAAUGAAAGCAGAGGUGCUGUAUGACACUCACAGUCUGCUCAGUUUCUGCAGGUUUACUCUGAAAGCUUCCUCGAGGGCUACAAAGGUUGAGCAGUCAGUGUUUGUUCUAGCUUUCCCUGUGAGGAAGGAGUAGACAGUCCUGGCUUAGCUAUUGGUGUGAGGAAGGAAGUAUCAGCACCUCAGUCCUGGUCCUGAGCUGUGCUAGGUACUCCCAGCUUCCUGUGAGCAA